AAGUCAUGGUUGCUAGUGAAAUCAGGAAAUAUUGACAAAGCUACACAUCUCUUUGAAAAUACCAAUAUCAACAUUACUACAGAAGGACAAAAGUACCUUGGAGCUGCUAUUGGAAACAAAGAUUUCUGCAAUAACUUCCUGCAAGAAAAGGUGACCAAUUGGAAGUUACAAGUAGAGCGACUCAGUUGCAUUGCCCAAACUCAACCACAAGCUGCUCACUCGAUAUUCACACGGGGUCUGAUUGGACGCUGGAAAUUUGCACUCAGAACCAAUGAAAACUUUGCAGCAUACCUUAAUCCUCUGGAGGAGGCGUUACGAUCCAAACUGAUUCCCGCCAUAACCAAUAGAAGUACUCCAGGAGACAAGAUGAGAAGGCUUUUUGCAUUACCACCUCGACUAGGCGGCCUUGGAAUUGUAGAUCCACGUUCGUUGACUUGUGAGCUGGAAUACUCAAAGUUAAUUUGUGCGCCACUGGUCAACCGAAUUGUGCAACAAGAAACAAACCUGGAUAACGUUCCUACCAAGCAGAAUUCUAUGAAAGCUAGCAUUCGCCAGCAAAAACAUCUAGCACAAAAGUCUCAUUCUGAAAUCACUGUCAAUGAUCUAUCUGUGGAAUUGAAACGUUCAGUUGAAUUGGCCUGUGAGAAGGGUGCCUCCUGCUGGCUGACCGCAAUCCCACUAGAGCAACACGGAUUCACUUUGCACAAAUCUGCGUUUCGGGAUGCCCUGUGCCUCAGAUACGGUUGGCACCCGUCCAACCUCCCAGACAUAUGUCCAUGUGGAUCUAAAUUCUCAGUAGAUCACUCUCUGUCAUGUCCAACAGGAGGAUACCCCAGCAUCCGCCAUAACGAGGUCCGCGAUUUAUUUACCAACUUGUUGACAGAGGUUUGCCACGAUGUACACAAAGAGCCCGUUCUGCAACCUCUCAACGGCGAGGUGUUUCAAAAACGCUGUACUACCUCUGACGAAAAUGCCAGACUUGAUAUUGCUGUCAGUGGAUUUUGGGGUGGGCACUUCCAACGAACUUUCUUUGACGUCAGGGUCUUCAACCCUAAUGCCUCAUCCUACAAAUCAGUGCAGAUCCCGUCAUUAUAUAAACGGCAGGAACAAGAGAAGAAAAGGCGAUACGAGGAACGAAUUAAUAACGUGGAGCUUUCAUCGUUCACGCCAAUCAUUUUAGCAUGCACUGGAGGAUGCAGUAAACUGACGUCUAUUUUUUUGAAAAGACUAGCCUCACUUUUAUCGGAAAAGCACCACACCGAGUACAGCACAACUAUCAACUGGCUGAGAUGUCGACUGUCAUUUGCACUCCUUCGGGCCUGCGUGAUGUGUUUGCGAGGAUGCAGGUCCAAGCUUCACAGAACCUCAAGGGACUUCAACAUUCUGCUGGAAGCAGCAGAAAGUAGAUUAUAGAAGACUGUUUAUCUCAAAGUUGUUACAACCUAGAAACUUGUUGCUAUAGAGGAAGCUUUUACAUACAGUAGUAGUAUGUAGUAGUGUGUUAGCAGAUGCCGUUUGAUUGUUCAAAUACACCAGUUCUCUCAGUAGUAGUAGUAGUCGUAGUAGUAGUAGUAGUAGUACUAGUAGUAGUAGUAAUAUAGUGUUGCGUUGAGUGCCGUUGUAGUGGCUUUUGUAGUAUGGGCAUGAC